AUGGGAAAGGAUUAUUAUAAGAUUUUGGGUCUUACAAAGGGGGCUAAUGAAGAUGAUAUUAAGAAGGCUUAUAGGAAGAUGGCCUUAAAAUAUCAUCCAGAUAAGAAUAAGAGUCCCGAUGCUGAGGAGAAGUUUAAAGAGGUGGCAGAAGCGUAUGAUGUUCUUAGUGACCCUAAAAAGCGUGAAAUAUAUGAUCAGUAUGGAGAGGAAGGUCUGAAAGGAGGCGAUAUUGGCGGCGGAGGUCCAAUGGGUGGCUUCCAUUACACGUUUGCCGAGGAUCCCAUGAAGAUGUUUCACCAGUUGUUCGAGGGCCCGAAUGGUUUUGCGAGGUUCUUCGCCGCGGGUCCUGGCAGCGGUACUCGCAUCGUGGUUGGCGGAGACGAGGAAAUGGACUUCGACGAUAUGUUUGGGUUUGGAGGACAUCAUGGUAUGGGCGGCUUUAGUGACAUGGGUCGACCCACACGCAAGGUUGAUCCUCCAGUCGUGUACGAUUUGUACAUCUCACUGGAGGACAUCUAUAAGGGAUGCGUAAAGAAGAUGAAGAUUACGCGCAAAGUGCCAAGCGGUGAAGGCGGUGCCAAGAUGAGAACCGAAGACAAACUGCUAACGGUUACCGUUAAACCGGGUUGGAAGGCCGGUACGAAAGUUACCUUCCCGCGUGAAGGGGAUCACAACGAGAACAGAGUGCCAGCGGACAUCGUCUUUAUUAUCAAGGAUAAGCCUCAUCCAUACUUUCGGCGAGACGGCGCAGAUAUUUACUAUACAGCAAAGAUCUCCCUAAAGGAUGCGCUUUGCGGCGUGAGCCUAAAGAUUCCGACUCUGGAACCUUCAGUGACCGUGCCGAUGAAUAUAUUCGAGGUGAUCAAGCCAAAAGCCGUCAAACGGAUUCCCGGUCAAGGCUUGCCGAUGCCCAAGCAAGCGAACAAGCGUGGCGAUUUGCUGGUCACGUUCGAUAUCAGGUUCCCGGAUACUCUCCCUUCGGCGACAAAGGAGAUUUUGCGAGAUUGUUUGCCUUGA